CGAGGGGUAUAUUAGUAAUUAGCUUUCAUCUUUCAGUUCUUCGUCCUCCCUCGCCGUAAGCGAUGACUUGUAGCGACUCUUAACCUCUCCAGUCCAGUCCAAAUUGGGAAGUGAGCGAAAUCUCCGGUUUUUUGUUUUCCUUUUCUUUUCUUUCAGUCAUGGAGUUGAGAUCGGAUUCACGAUCGACUUCGUUUUCUUCUCUCCUAUUCGUCGUGCUUCUCUCGGUUCUCAGCGGACUCGUUUCCCGUACCGACUCAGCUCAGCAACCUUUCCGCCGCGAGCCUGGUCAUCCUCACUGGCAUCACAGCGCUUUCCUCGACGUACGAGAGAGUGUUCGAUCUGAUGUCCGCCGUAUGCUUCACUCCCGUGCCGAGGUACCAUUUCAGGUUCCUCUAGAAGUGAAUAUAGUGCUUGUAGGUUUGAAUGGAGAUGGAGGAUACAGGUACUCCAUGGAUCAUCAUAAGUUAGAGGAGUUCUUAAGAGCUAGUUUCUCAACGCAUAGGCCCUCAUGCCAAGAGACGGGAGAGCCACUUGAUAUUGAGCAUCGACUUGUUUACAAUAUCUUUCCUAGUGGGCAACCCGAAUUAAUAGCUCUGGAGAAGGCAGUGAAAGAAGCCAUGGUGUCUGCUGGAACUGCACUAGAGGUUGCUUUGAUCUUAUCAUAUCUAAUUUUUUCUCAUAACCCACCUAAUUAAUUACAUGUCAAAUAU